AUGAAUACACAAAUAACUAGUUUUUCUUCAGUAAAACCUUUAGUUGUUUUACUUAUACCUUUAUAUUUUAUCAAUGAUCAAUAUUCAAACAUUCUUGAAAAAGUAAAAGAAUAUUUAGAAGAUGAAAAUUAUGAUUAUGAGAUAAAAAAUGUAAUUAUCUUAACAAAUCAGGCUAACACAGAACAUUUAAAAAAAGCUCAAUUAGAUUACAAAUUAGAAAUUGCUACAGAUGGAAGCAAAUUUCCUUGGAAAACAAUUUAUAAAGAAUUAUCAUCUAUAAAUGAUGUUUAUCAAGCUUGUCAAAUUGACAAAAAUGUUCAAAAUCUAACAAAAAUAAUCUUUUUAUAUGAAUCAAACUAUAUUUUAAAUGAAGAAGUUCAGGAUUUAGAGAUUAAUAAUUUAGAAGUUUCAGAAUUAAUUUUUAUUAAAAAAUGUACUGAAAAUGAAGCAAAGAAUACAAAGUGGAAUGAAGAUUGUGAAAAAAAAUUAGCUGAAUUAUAUAAAAAAGAUAAUUGGGAAACAUUUAAAAAUGAAAUAAUCUAUAUUCCAAUUACUUCAAAAACUUUAUAA